CGGAGCUCCGCCCAUUCCGGGGUGGUUCCAGUGCUUCUUAAUGCCGUCCCAGUGCCUCCCAGUAUCGCCCAGUGCCAUCCCAGUGCGUUCCAGUACCGCCUGGUGCCGGCCAGAGCCAUCCCAGUGCUUCCCAGUACAGCCCGGUGCCUCCCAGUAGCACCCAGUGCCUCCCAGUACCUCUCAGAGCCAUCCCAGUAUCGUCCAGUGCCUCCCAGUGCCUCCCAGUACAGUCCGGUGCCGGCCAGACCCAUCCCAGUGCCUCCCAGUACAACCCAGUGCCUCCCAGUGGCAUCCCAGUACAGCCCAGUACUUCCAGUUUCUCUCAGGGCCAUCCCAGUGCUUCCCAGUACAGCUCAGUGCCUCCCAGUGCCUCUCAGAGCCAUCCCAGUAUCGCCCAGUGCCUCCCAGUAUCGCCGGUGCCGGCCAGACCCAUCCCAGUGCCUCCCAGUACAGCCCAGUGCCUCCCAGUGCCUCCCAGAACCAUCGCUGUGCCUCCCAGUGGCAUCCCAGUACAGCCCAGUACUUCCAGUGGCAUCCCAGUACAGCCCAGUACUUCCAGUAUCUCUCAGAGCCAUCCCAGUGCCUCCCAGUACAACCCAGUGCCUCCCAGUGGCAUCCCAGUGCAGCCCAGUACCCAUCAGUGCCUCCCAGUAUCGCCCAGUGCCAUCCCAGUGUCACCCCAGUACCUCCCAGUAUCGCCCAGUGGCGUCCCAUUAUCUCCCAGAAGCGCCCAGUGCCUCCCAGUGGCCUCCCAGUAUAGCCCAGUACCUCCCAGUACCUCCCAGUCAUCCCAGUGCCAUUCCAGUGCCAGCCCAAUACAGUCCAAGUGCAAACCCAGUUUGCCCCCAGUAUAAACCCGGUCCCACCCCAGUUUGCUCCCAGAAUAAACCCAGUUUGCCCCCAGUUAGUUUCCAGUUCAAUCCCAGUUUCCUCCGAGCGCAAUCCCAGUUUGUUCCCAGUAUAACCCCACUGCAAUCCCAGUUUGCUCCCAGCGCCCGCCCCAUCCGACGGCAACAGCCAAUGGGAUCGCAGCCCGGCAAAGCGCAA